AUGCCAAAAAAACUUUAUGGUCCUUGUAGCGUGAAAAAUUGUGAAUUUGAAGUAACAACUUUUCGUAACUUUACUGAUUUUGGAUAUAAAAAAUCAAUGAAUGAUGGAACUUUUCACCAGUAUAAUUAUUUAAAAGUUGGUGAUCAAAUUUGCUUGCCUCAUUAUCUAUCAAUUGUAUCAUCAGAUAGGAUUAGCAGAUACAGAAAUAAAAAGCCUACAACUGAUCCAAAUGAGAAAAAUUAUGAUAAAAAUGAUGAGUUAAAAAGUAAAAAUGAUGAAGAAAACAAACUUGGUAAACCUAUUGAAAAUAGAAAUAUUCUUUUUUUAUAUUCCAAUUUGAUCUUAUUAACACAAAACAUUUUAGUUAUAAAUGAAGAAAACAGAUUCGGUGAAAAAAUAAAUCUUUUAACAAAAACAUUGUACAAUCUCCAGAGGAAACAAGAUAAAAGUAUUGAAUUAAAUCCACUGAGAUUUGACAACAUGAUUACAGAGGAAGAACCUCAAUUGAAAGGGUUCUUUAAGGAAAUGUGUGAUUCGUUAAUUCCUAAAACUAGGUCACCCUAUAACCAGAAUGAAUCGAAAGAAUCAGUUGUAGGCUUAUGUUAUCAAAUUGCGGGAAUGAAAAACAAAUUUAUAAAUGAAUAUAAACUUUAUAUUGGUUUGUACUUAGCUGCUAAAGGUACAUGCUGGGAAGCAAUUGAUACAAUGGCAAGCGUUGGAAUAUCUGUGUGUGCUAAAACUAUAGAAAACUACAGAAAAAAAAUUGUAAAUGAACAUCACAUUAAUAUAAGAAAAUAUUUUCAAGAAAAGAAAAACCAUUUAUACAUAUAUAAUUAUGAUGACUUCCAUUCGAUAAAAGAAAAACGUAGACCGGAUACAACAACAACUUCUACUGUCAAACACAUGGCAACCUGUGUGUGCAAACAAGUUACAGAUUGCCCAUCAAUAUUCAUCAUGCAUAAUGGAUUAUCUGUCCACAAUCCUGUAAAUGUAGAUGCUCAUAAUAUCUAUUUAUAUUUAACUAGAGAUUACCAUGGCAUCUUUGAUAUUUCUUACAAUGAAAGAAAAUUGGUGUGGCUUAAUUCACAAGGAUUCUGUCCAAUUAAUUUUGAAAGGAUUGAGCUCCUCAGAUUGCACAGUUAUGAUGAUGCUAUUGAAGAAAGAAAGGAGGAGCGUUCAAUGAAAGAUGUAGAACUUAUUGGAAUUCGUGAACAAAAUUUGCAUUCAAUGCAAGAUUAUGUAGAAGGAUUGAUAAUGAUUCUCUCAAUAAAUGAUGAUGUUGGCCAUUUAAAAGAUAAAACUAAAAAAUAUCCUUACAGUAAUCAUACCUUAGAAUAUUUAACUGAAAAAUCUAGCUUGUUUUUAUUAAAUUAUUUUCACCAAAUCUAUAAUAAUCUUGGAAAGAGCAUACCAGUAGAUACCAUUAAAACAGGUGAAAAACGCAAAAUGAAAUCAAAGAUUCCAAAAGAAUAUCAACUUGCCUCUUUGGACAUUAAAGUAAAUGUAAUGUGUCUACCAACUGGUUAUAGUACAGAAUCAAUUCCAGAAAAUGAUGUAUGUGAUUAUUGUCAAAAGCCAUUGAAUGUGUUCGAAGGAAAAGCUUUGACAUGUGGUCAUGGUUAUCAUUGGAAAUGUCAUGUAGCUCAAAAGCAUGGGUGUGAUUAUUGUGAACAAUUUUAUAAAAAAGGUAUAUUUGAAAAUGUGAGUUCAUUUUUAAAAAGAUUAGAUAAAGGAAUUGAUGAACUUACGCCAGAAGAAAUCAACGAUUUUAAUUCAAAUGAUCCUGAUGAAGAAAAUAAUGAAAAUGAGGCAGAUCUAAAUGUAAGUGAUCAAGAAAAUUUAUUGUCAACAUUAUUGGAAGCUAUUAAUGAAGUAAAGAAUUGGUAG